AUGCAGUCCCCGGCUACCCCCGUUGAAGGCCUCAGUGGCUCCCUCUUUGGGGCCUACCCGCUUCCUACCUUCAAGUUCCAGCCUCGCUCCGAGACCGUGGACUGGAGGCGCAUUAGCGCCCUGGACGUGGACCGCGUGGCGCGGGAGCUGGACGUGGCCACCCUGCAGGAGAACAUCACUGGGGUCACCUUCUGCAAUUUGGAUCGGGAGGCGUGCAGCCGUUGUGGGCAGCCCGUGGACCCGGUGCUGCUCAAGGUGCUGCGCUUGGCCCAGCUCAUCAUCGAGUACCUGCUGCACUGCCAGGAUUGCUUGAGUGCCAACAUCGCCCAGCUGGAGGCCCGGCUGCAGGCCAGCCUGGGCCAGCAGCAGCUUGGCCAGCAAGAGCUGGGUCGCCAGGCUGAUGAGCUCAAGGGCGUGAGAGAGGAGAGCCGCCGGCGUCGCAAGAUGAUCGGCACCUUGCAGCAGCUGCUCCUGCAGACAGGGGCCCACAGCUACCACGCGUGCCACCUGUGUGACAAGACAUUCAUGAAUGCCACCUUUCUCCGGGGCCACAUCCAGCGCCGGCAUGCAAGUGCGGCAGAAGGAGGGAAGCAGAAGAAGCAGGAACAACCAGUGGAGGAGGUGUUGGAAGAGCUGCGGGCCAAGCUAAAAUGGACCCAAGGGGAGCUGGAAGCUCAGAGGGAGGCGGAGAGGCAGCGACAGUUGCAGGAAGCAGAGAUCACCCGUCAGAAGGAAACAGAAGCUAAGAAAGAAUUUGAUGAAUGGAAAGAAAAAGAGCGGGCCAAGCUAUAUGAGGAAAUAGACAAGCUAAAAAAAUUAUUUUGGGAUGAAUUUAAAAGUGUUGCCAACCACAACUCUACGUUAGAAGAGAAACUGCAGGCGCUGCAGUCCCACAGUGUGAUGGAGUCCAAUCUCGGGUCACUGCAGGAUGAGGAGUCUGAGGAGCGACUCAGGCAGACUCAGGAGCUCCGGGCCCUGAGGGAGAAGAUGGACAUUCAGAAAGCAGAAUGGAAGAGAAAAAUGAAGGAACUUCAGGGAGAGCAUGCAGCUCAGAAGCGAGAGCUGCAGGAGCAGAACGAGAGGCUCCAGGCCUCCCUGUCUCAGGAUCAGAGGAAAGCAGCUGCCCAGUCCCAGCGCCAGAUCAGUGCUCUCCGCGCCCAGCUCCAGGAACAAGCCAGGCUCAUCGCCUCCCAGGAGGAGAUGAUCCAGACCGUGUCUCUCAGGAAGGAGGAGGGGACCUGCAAGGGCCCAAAGGCUGUGGACAUGGAAGAGGACUCUUCUGAGGAAGAUCUGGAGGACUCCCGACAUGGACAGCAGAAGGUGCUGGCUGCUCUGAGGCGAAACCCCACCCUGCUGAAGCAGUUCAGGCCAAUCCUGGAGGAAACCCUGGAAGAGAAACUGGAAAGCAUGGGGAUAAAGAGAGAUGCAAAGGGAAUCCCCUUUCAAACCCUCAGACACCUUGAGUCCCUCCUGAGAACCCAGCGGGAGCAGAAGGCACGGAGGUUUUCUGAAUUUCUGAGUCUGAGGGAAAAGCUUGUCAAGGAAGCCACCAGCAGAGUGAAGGAGAGACAGAGAAACAGGGCCCCGGCGUCCCAGCCAGACACCAAGGCUCCAGUCAAAAGCCAGCAGAACCCACUGGUCAUCAAAGAGGCCCAGCCAAAGGCCAGGACCCUGCAUGUGGCGUUGCCAUCCAAGCCAGCAGAGCCACCCACGACGACUCUUCAGAGCCGCGGCAGCCAUGGCCCUGGCCUGGCUCACAUGCCCACCCCUGCUCCACGUCCCAGAGCGCAUGGACCCUCCGGCACCCCUGCUGCCCCAGGGCCUGGGCUGAGUACGCCCCCGUUCAGUUCCGAAGAGGACUUGGAGGAGGGACAUUCGGUGCAGCGGACAUCUCUCCAGCCCCCAAAAGGCCCUUCCAGGAUGGGGCCCCGGCCAGAGGAUGACUGGGGCUGGUCUGACACCGAGAGCUCAGAGGGGAGUGCCCAGCCCCCUGACAAGGGCUCAGGAACACUGGUGCAGUCACUGGUCAAAAACCUUGAGAAGCAGCUAGAGACUCCAGUGAAGAAGCCUGCUGGAGGGGUCAGUCUGUUCUUAAUGCCCGACGCUGGGCGCCAGAGGGCUGCCGUGCCAGGAAAGAAGCCUCAGCUUUCUGAUGAUGAGAGUGACUUGGAGAUCUCUUCCUUGGAAGAUCUCCCCCAGGACCUGGGCCAGAGAGAAAAACCAAAGCCUCUGUCUCGCUCAAAGCCGCCGGAGAAGUUUGGCGCCAGUCCAUGGAGCCCUGGCCGAUCCAGGGUCCCUGGUUGGUGA